GUGGCUGAGAGUUGUUUCGUUGGGAUUUCGAUUGGAUUUCAUUGAAUGAGUGAUUGAAACAUGUCUUCGGUUGGGAUGUCUUCCAAGAGGUCUAAAGCCAAGCGAAACAAAGGCACGACUCUUGAGGAGCACAAUGAGGGCACGACUCUGUUGCCGGGUCGUCGUCCGUGUCUUUGCGAGGCAUCCAAACACCAAUUAGUGGCCAAUUGUCUCAAUUGUGGCCGAAUUGUGUGCGCACAGGAGGGCACCGGUAGUUGUUUCACAUGCGGCCAAACGGUGAUGACUCGUGAGCAGAGACAGGAGCUUAAGAUCCAGCAGAAUAUCAAACAGUUGGCAAUCGACGAGCUAUUGUCUGCCGCAGAGAGCAAACCGAUGGUCAGCACUGGUCUGAAGGACAUCGCCGCCAGUUUUGAAGCGCAUAGGAAUCUGGAGAAAGCGAUCGGACAUAAGGACCAAAUGCUGGACUUCGACCGCAACUCUUCCGUCAGAACCAAAGUGAUUGACGACCAAAACGACUACUUCUCUCUCGGGUCGCAGAACUGGAUCUCAAGCGACAAACGGAGGGAUAUAUCGAAGAAAGUGGAAGAACUGCAUGAAAACAAACUGAAGAAGAAUCGCAAGAUUCUCAUUGAUUUGAUGGAACACUCGGCCAUAGAGUCGAGUGAACCCGUGAUCCCUGACUUUGACCAUCAGAUCGAAAAACUGAUUAAAGAAAGUGAACUCAAAAGCGAUUACCAGAAAGUGGAGGCCAAGCAGUUCAUUGAACACAACUACCAAACACUUCCCGUUUUAAAGUAUCUUAAGAAUGACAACAAACGUAAAGACCAAUCAAACGAUGAACUAAAUGUCAACAAAAAUUUGGUCAAAAUGUUUAAUAAUAUGAGAGUUCAGGACAAAGAACUGAUGACAAUGUCUGACGAGGGAAUGUGUCUAUCAGUGAACCAACCGUUUGCAUCGCUUCUGGUUUAUGGUAUUAAGCGAUUCGAGGGUCGGAACUGGUAUUCAGCCUUCAGAGGAAGGCUUUGGAUUCGUUCCAAUAGCAAAGCGCCGGAUCAGCACAACAUCGAUGACAUCCACAAGUUGUACACGUUUGCUGGCAUUAAGACAUUCCCGGAUUCAUACCCCACAUCAUCACUGGUGGGCUGCGUCACUGUCACUGAUUGUCUCCCAUUUGAAGAAUAUCGAGACAAAUACCCGGAGGGCGACACUGAAGCCAGUUAUAUACUGGUUUGCGAAGAUCACAAACGACUGUCCCAACCAUUGACCACUUCCUCUGCAGGCAAUCGGAUCUAUAAACUUAGUGACAAAGUUCUUAUCGCCGCACAAAAGGCACUGAAAAUGUGA